AUGACUAUGUUUACUUCUGCUGAUUGGAAGACAACUAAGGUUGCAUCAACACCUGAAGGAAUAAGAGUCCAAAACAUGGCCUUGGAUAGUAGGCUAUGGAAGAAUAUUGUCAUAUGCCUCAAGGCUGCUGCUCCUCUCAUUACAGUCCUUCGCUUGGUUGAUUCAGAUGAAAAACCAGCCAUGGGUUUCAUCUUUGAAGGCAUGAGAAACGCCAAAGAAACAAUCAAGACUAACUUCGGUUGUGUUAAAAAGAGUUACGAACCUAUAUGGGAAAUUAUUGAUGGAAGGUGGAAAAGUCAAUUGCAUAGACCAUUGCAUGCAGCUGCGUAUUAUCUUAAUCCUCAUUAUCACUAUGAACCAAAUUUCAUGGUUGAUGAUGCUGAUAUUAAGAUUGGCCUCUUUGGUAAUGAAACUGCAAAGAGUAGUAGGAAGACCAUGCUACCUGCUGAGUGGUGGGACUUCUAUGGAGAUAGUUGUCCAGAACUAAAGAAGUUUGCUAUCCGAGUGCUAAGCUUAACUUGUAGUUCAUCUGGUUGUGAGCGUAAUUGGAGUGCAUUUGAAAUGAGAAGAAAUCGGUUGCAUCAAAAGAAAAUGAAUGAUUUAGUGUAUGUGAUGUAUAAUUUGAAGUUAAAGGGCAAGCAAAUUAGAAAAAGUCCAGAACUUGAAUUUGAUGCAGUGCAUUCUGAUGAUGAGUGGAUAACUGAGGAUGUUAAUGAAAAUAUUGCUGAAAGUGUUGAGCAUUCUCACUUGCCAACGAAUGACAAUACUAAUGAUGAUCCAAAUAGUAAUGAAUUUGCUAUUCCAGAUUUUGUUGGCCGUGUUGAACCUGAGGCUGAAAGAAAUGAUGUUUCUGAUGAUGAUGAUAAAUACUUGUGA